AUGUGGGAACGGUGGAGAGCGAAGGUGGGAGGAGGGGCGGAGAAAAUUUUGGGAGGAGCAAACCGAGGGUGGAGAAAGAGGAAAGCGAGAGGAGAUAAAGAGGAACAUGAGGAGAUUAAACCUUUGUUUGCUAGUCCACAAUCGAGAGGGGCAAAGACACAAACCUACAAUUGGCAGGGGGUAGCGUGUGGAGGAGAAACGCGGUGGCGUGCUGACCAGAAAAGCAUGGUCCUCUGUGAAGGAGGUAGGGUGAGUUCGGUGCUGAAGAAAGAGAGGACAGCAGGGCGACCCGCAUUCGCGGACUUUGCGGCAAGGCGGUAUGGGUUUCGCGUAAGGAAGAAGAGAGGUUGA